AUGGGCCUUAGGACCUGUACAGAGUCAUACGUUGAAAGAUCUCAAACGUGCUCCGACUAUGUUAUAUGUUCUUCGGNNNNUGGCAAAGACUUCGACCCUUCCACUUCAAGUAUGGUCAUUAUUGGUACCCACACAGAUUCUCCUUGUUUGCGUUUGCGUCCGAAUUCGGCGAGAGAAUCAGAGGGUAUGCUGCAACUCGGUGUCACCCCUUAUGGUGGCGGCUUGUGGCACACUUGGUUUGAUCGUGGUCUCGGGCUAGCUGGCAAAGUAGUGUAUUCUCAUGAUGGUAAAAUACAUGAGAAAUUGGUGCGAGUGGACCGUCCGGUUGCCAUUCUGCCCAAUUUGUGUCGUCAUCUGCAGAGUAACGAGGAGAGGGCAGCGUUCAAGUUCAAUCCUGAAGAGCACCUCAUCCCCGUAUUUUGUUCUAAGAAGCAUGCGACCACCGAAGAGCGCAUUCGCGGCAAUCAUAAAGUUUUUCUGCAACUUCUCGCCGACGAAGCCGGAUGCCAGGUUGAAGACAUUCUCGAUUUCGAUAUUUGUAUGAUGGACUCCACCAAGGCGGCCUUUGUCGGCUUGUAUGAGGAGUUCCUGGCCUCAGCAAGGCUUGAUAACCUCGUCUCGACAUUCUCUGCGUUUUCUGCUAUAACUACGGACGCUGACGAACUCGUUAAAGGUUCCCAACUCUCUAUUGCUGUCGCGUUCAAUCAUGAGGAAGUUGGUUCGCGCAGUGCGACUGGAGCUGGCUCCAAGAGCGUCCAGUGCUGGAUUGAGAGAGUCCUCGCUAACUUCUCAUCCAAGGAAGACUACUCUCAACUAGUGGCACGGUCUAUAUUGAUCUCGGCAGAUGGCGAACAUGCAGUUCACCCAAAUUAUGCUGAUCGUCAUCAAGCGGAGCAUAAGACAGGUCUAGGAAAAGGUGUUGGUAUUAAAAUCAACCCAAACCAACUUUAUGCUACCAAUGCUGUUACCACUGCUAUCACUCGAGUUGUUGCCAAGAAAGCGAAUGUGGCCUUACAAGAGUUCACUGUAAAGAAUGGCACCAGUAGCGGAUCCACGAUUGGUCCUAUGCUCUCUGCCAAUCUGGGUAUUCGUACAGUAGAUUUGGGCAUUACUCAAUGGGCAAUGCAUUCGAUAAGGGAAACAUGUUCGGUUGAAGAUAUAGAUUCGAUGCUAAGAAUCUGUCAAGGUUUCUAUCGCUAUUUUGUCGAAGUUGACAAUUCUUUCAUUGAAGCUUAAAUGCAUUUUAUACCACUUAUUCGUAUAUUGCAUAUUCCUGUA